UUCGGCACCUGUGCUGUAAAGCAGUGGUUCCCAAAGUUGGGGUCGGGACCCACAGUGGGGUCCCGAAACAUCAAGGAACCUGCUCAACUGAGGUGYUCAAGAUGUCUACCAGGUCCAUCGUACCUCCAGAAAUCCCCCCAGAGGCSAGAGUGGAUGAAGUUUAUGAAGCCAUGAAGAUAGGCCUUCAGUUCUGCCUCAGAUUUUAUCAAACAGAUUUGGAAAAAAUCAAUGAUGAAAUAAAUAAAGCUAAAAUGAACUCCGGACUGGAGUCUGUUUACGAAUUUGAUCGGAAAGCUAAGGUGAUCGAGAGGUACAUAGGCAGUUUGGAGGUUCAGUACGUCAAGACUGAGCAGAUUUAUGAAGCUUACCGUGAGAMGAGAAAACUGAGGGACGAUGCCAACAAGGUGAUAAAGGAAUGCAAAUCCAAUCCAGGAACUAAAGAGGCCAAUAAGAGUUUGGUGAAGGCUAAUARUGACUUCAAAAAGUACACAGAGGACAUGAAUACAAAAGAGAGAGAGCUACAGAAACAGCUGGGAAAGUUCUCAAUUAAAAUGAAAGGACUUGCUGGAUUUGCCAGAUUGUGUGCUGGUGAUCAGUAUGAGAUACUUGUUAGGUAUGGUCGGCAGCGUUGGAAAAUGCAUGGAAGUAUAGAAGUCAAUGGCAAACAAAUGUGGGACAAUGAACACAUGACAUUUUUUCCAAUCAUUCACGAGUUUAUUUCCGUGAAGGUGACAGAGCUAAAGAGCGUAGCCAACCACGUGGUUGUAGGAAAUAUCUUCUGCGAACCUAAAGACCUGUUUGCUCCACUAUCGAGGACAGUUGCUGUGGACGUUAACGAGUUAGGCACUCUGAAACUUGUUCUUGAAGUCACCUGGAACUGCGUACAGGAUCCAACACCUGGUCCAGUCUCAGGUCCUCGUCCAACAUCACCUCCAGUCUCACAUAGCCCGAGCCCAUCCAGAGGCUCACAAUCAUCUGGAUCACAAGAACCAGUGGUAGGCCAGCCCACCCUCAGCCCUCUGCAGCUUCAACAAGACAGAUCCCCGUCUCAGAUUGAUCAACACCAUCAGCCGGCGGGUCCCCCAGCRCAUGUGAAAGCAAAAUGUUGGCCCAGAGAUGGUGUGUUGGUGAACACAGGGCUGCAGGAUGCUCUGGAAAUUCUAAUUUCCUCUCUAGACAAAUACACAAUACAUUUAGCUGAUUUAAGGAUACUGAAAGGUGAGCUGAAGCUGCUGCAAGACGCUYUGAAGGAUUUCAACACACAAACGGACAAAGCAGCGGGAAACCAUUCAGAGYUCAUCGAAGAGGAUCUGUACGUUGAGCCAUUUCCAGUCAAUACACCUCCACAGAGCCCAGGCCGGGACCGGACCUCCACACCCCUCACCACCGGCUGCACCAGACUGGACCGCUCGCUGGUUCUCCACCUGAAGAGCUGCAGCAAGCAGCUGUUGCAUGUGGUUGUGUCUGGUCCUCUGCAAUGUCGAGCCACAUACGCCCUGGACAAGCUGCUGAGAGAGGCCCGUGUCUUUAAGACCGUCCGUCACAUCAUCGGGGACGACCCACACCAGCUCAAACAUCCCGCUGAAGUGAUACCAGAGCUGUACCAGUGUUUUGGUGCUGGGUCUCUGUGGGAGCAGUGUGUGGGGGAUGGCUGUCUGUACUGUGUCUCUGCUAAAACCUUCAAGAAUACGCUGUCAACGGUUUACUCCAGCAUGCUGAGCGACAGAGCAGACACAGUGCUUUCAUGUCUGGUUGAGCGAGUUCUGGAGCAGAAAUUUCCACAGCAAGGAUUCAGAGAUGAGCCAAUCGUGACUCUUUUCCAGCUGUGGAGUUAUCUGGAGUCCAAUGGCAUCAGCGACAUGGAGUUUCACAUCAUUGCUCUAACAGAAGAGGUGGAAUUGGUCCAGAACCUGCUGUCGAGGGACCAGGAUGUGAUCACAGAGACCCUGCACCUUCCUUCAGAGUGCAGCCUGAAGAGGGAAGGGAUUCAAACCGUGGCAAAGUUACUGACAGAUCCGAGAGAAAAGGUGUUGGCCUCUGCCAGCUCCGUGCUGAGGAUCCUGGCUGGACAGUACAAGCAGAGAGAGCAGGCUUUGGUGAACUGUUUGGAGAUGUUGGAAGACAAGGACGUGGACACCAGAGUUUGUGGAUGUAAAGCUUUAGCGUGUCUCAAGGCUACAGAAAGCAUCGUACAGCUGAUGUAUCUCUACCAGACGGACGGGCAGGAAGUUCAAGAAGCUGUCAUGCAAACUCUGCUGGAGCUAGGCGAUGAAGGGAAGAUGGCUCUCAGACGUUUGGAAAUGUCUCGGGACAUCUUAUUGGACCAAGAACAGUGGCCGGACCGGCCUUCUACGAGCUCAUACGAGCAUCCUUCGAGCAGUCAAUGCUAAUGCACGUUUAUUUUUACCAUGAUGGCACCAGAAUACCAGCUGUUCUGCUCUGCACCUCACUGGAACACCAGCUUCAGUACUUUAUUAUAAACCAUGGAUGCUAACAGAGGACAUUAAAUUUUCAUUGUGUUUAACCUUUUUAAAAUGAAAUAAUCAUAAAACAAAGUUUAUUAAACAUUUAUAACUUUU